AUGGAUUCUCUAGCCCCGAGAAUACGUCUGGAGAGUCCCCAUAUUUUAAGUCUUGACGACGACCGCCAGAAGACGUAUCAAAAUGUCUGUAAGAUGACAAAUGAUACAAAUGAACAGGAUUCAUCAGAGACAGACUUCUGCCGUGUUUGUAGAAGUGAAGCUGGACCUGAUCGACCAUUAUUUUAUCCUUGUGUUUGUACCGGAAGUAUAAAAUAUAUCCAUCAGGAUUGUCUCACUCAAUGGCUCAAAUACAGUCGCAAAGAUACAUGCGAACUAUGCAAACACAAAUUUCAUUUUGCUCCGAUUUACCACCCAGACAUGCCAACUCGUCUGCCAAUAAAAGAUUUAUUAUUAGGUUUACUAAAGACACUUUUCAAAGCAAUUCGUUAUUGGUUUCAUUAUACGUUAGUUGGAAUAUGUUGGAUAGUGAUAGUUCCACUGACAGCAAGUCGAAUAUAUCGAUGUUUAUUUACCACAGGGUCGGUCUCUGCAUUAUUUACGUUACCCUUCGAUAUGCUUUCAACAGAGAAUAUUCUCUCAGAUGUUAUACAAGGUGGAUUUGUUGUAUUUUGUUCGCUGGGUGCAUUUAUAUGUUUAUUAUGGCUAAGAGAACAGAUUGUUUCAGGACAAGGUCCUGAAUGGUUGCAAGAGGUUGAACCACCGGCACAACCACAUUUGAUACAGGGCCAACAAAAUGCUCAAGCAACAGUUGAUGAAGUGUUGCCAUCAGCUGAUGAAGUACCAUUAUCAGUUGAUGAAGUAGGACAAAAUUUACCGGCAAAUAAUAAUGAAAGGCAAGGUUCCACUGAAGAAUUUACUAAUAAUCAUAUAAUACAAGAAGCUAUUAAUAAUAGUGUCGAAAGAGAGUUAUCGGAUUAUUUACCGGAAACCGAUACGAUUGAUGGCGAUUCAUCGGUACCAGUAGGCGAACAAGAACAGUAUUAUGCUAUUGCUGAUCGUAAUGAAGCGGAACCAAUCAUAAAUAAUCCUGCUGAUGAUGGCGUAGACCCAGUUCUACCUGUAGUUGCUGCCCAGGCACCGGUUGAAAAUCACUGGAAUCCCGUUGUUGACUGGGGAGCGCCUGAUGUUGACUUGACAUGGGAACGUUUACUUGGCUUAGAUGGAAGUCUUCAAUUUCUUGAACAUGUGUUUUGGGUGGUAUCAUUAAAUACAUUGUUUAUAUUAGUAUUUGCUUAUAUACCAUAUCAUCUUGGGAAUUACUUUACAAACAGUUUGAGUUUUAAACAAGCAAUUAAAUAUACAAAAUCUGAAGGCUUAAUCACAACGCUGAUUAGUUAUGGAUGUAUAAUCGUAUUGAUUGGUUAUGUGAUAAUAUCAUUUCUUUUAUUAAUCCUAUUCACAUUUUUAACACUUAUGAAUCGUUUCAACCGUUUAAGACGUCUGAUUGGCCUAUGUUAUAUUGUUAUUAAAGUGGCAUUAUUAGUAGUGAUAGAAAUCUUAUUAUUUCCACUAAUAUGUGGUAUAUGGUUAGAUAUAUGUUCAUUAAGAAUAUUAAAUGAAAGUUCAACUACACUCAACGAUCGAAUAUUAAAUUUUCAAAUGAGUCCGGGAACAUCAUCGUUUUUACAUUGGCUCGUUGGAAUGAUAUAUGUAUUCUAUUUUGCCACAUUUAUAUUUUUAUUACGCGAAAUUCUUAGACCAGGAACAUUGUGGUUUUUAAAGAGUGUCAAUGAUAUCGAUUUCAAUCCUAUACACGAGAUGAUUGUUCAUCCAGUUGGACUACAUAUUCGUCGUUUUAUAACAUCGAUUAUUAUAUUUGGAUGUUGUAUUAUAUUAAUGUUUUAUAUUCCUGGAGAAUUUCUGAAUAGAUUUGUACCAAAAUUUUUGCCAUACAAUAUCAAAGGAAAUUUGGAGACGGUUGUGUCUGAAUUAAUGAUCGAAUUUAUUCUGUUACAAGGUAUUCUACCAACACUCUUAGAACAAGGGCAAACAAGAACAUGGUUAAAGUUGUUAAUUCAAUAUUGGGUUGAAUUUGCGUCAUAUGUACUGGGUUUACGUUCAUAUUUACUAGGUGACGAUGAUGAAAUGGAAGCAGAAAAUACGAGAAAUAUAGCUGUAAAUCAACAUGAAAAUAAUUUAUUAAUCGUUCAACCUCCUCCACCACCUGUUGUAGCUGCCCCACUCAAUAUUGGUCAAGCCCAUCAACAAUUACUCCAAGCAAACCAUACAGAAACACACCAACCAUUACCUUACCGACGUCCAACCUAUUUUCGUCUACGCCUAUUUGGUUUAUUUUUAUUUAUAUGUUUAUCGUUAACUAUCUUUAGUUUGAUUGGAUUAAUUUUACCUGCAACCAUCGGCCGUAUUCUACUCUCCUAUAUGACUGGUUCAUCAAAAUUGCAUGAAUUAUAUACAAUUUUAUCUGGAUUAUAUGUAAUAUGGCUAAUUGCAAGAUUAUUUUCAUUUAUACGAUCGUUAUUACCGUUAAAUAUAGGCAGUAUACUUAUUCGAUUGAAAAGCUACGCAAUAUUAAGCUUAAGAGAUUAUUAUCAACGAAGAUUACAAUAG